ACUCGUUUGCAACGUAGCACACGUUCAAGUAAACUGAACGCACCCGAGCCUGUCUGACUUCUCGCUCGGUUCUCACAGUCUAACAAUAAUGGAAAUCCGACUGAUAUUGAACCCAAUGUUUAUUUAAGUAGCUAUGUAGAGAGACUGACAACCGAUAUAACUCGUCAAGGGGCGGAUCAUUCAAUAUAAAAAAAUUUUUCAGUCUUUAGGGAGCCAUGGGUGGGUUGGGCAAUGGUCGUCGAGGGGGGAGAUCUCCUCCUCUUAUGAUUGGUGCUCUGAUUGCUUGUGUCCUUGUCCUGGGUUUCAACUACUGGGUGUCAAACUCACGGAACUUGGAGUUACAGACUAAGCUGUACGAGUUAGAGGCACAGAUGCGUCGGGCGGUGUCUGAACGCGGUGCUGUGGAGGUGAAGAAGAACGAGUUCCAGGAAGAGAUCCAUCGACUGAAAGAGGAGAGCAGCCGCAUGCAGAGCCUAAAUAAGAGGCUGGAAGGAGUCCAGAACACCUGUAGCCAGGAAAAGGCAAGUCAGCAAAUUAAUAUUUCCUCCAGUACUAAAACAAUACAGGACCUAAAAAGUCAAUUGCAUGUGCUAAAGGAAGACCUUGGGAAAUGUCAGAAAGAGUUUCAGAGCUGCUCAGGCAGUCUGAACACCCUGAACAAAAAACUCACUUAUGACAUGACUCAGUGUAACACUCAGAUACUGGCCCAGAGGGAGGAGUGUGCUGAGAAGGUGGCUGCAGCCAAGCAAGAAGUACAGAAUAAACUAGAGAAGUUUAAACCAUCCUCAGGCUCCCAGAACAAUACAGCUUCCACACAGAAAGUGGGAGCUGUGAAGGUCACGUCAGAUAAAGAAGAUGGCCUUGGGAAGACUGUGCUGGAUGACACCAAGACCACUCCUGUCAACGGCCACGUCCCUGAACCGUCAGUGGCCAAAAGCCUGGCAGCAGAUCUCAAAGCCUCAGAGCUGGAGACCAAUGAGAUCUUAGUAGACAAAGCUCCUGUACUAUCCCUGAAGGAGUCCUCGCCAUCCACUGUCAUCAAGGGCGCCAAACCAGAGACUGUUCAGGGAACCGAGGGGAUCAGUAAGCUUCGGAAAAGUAACAUGACAGAGAACACUGAGCUGGAGGUGAUGGAUACACACGGAGGAGAGCCCCAUAUAGAGGGCACAGUCCUUGGUGCUGAUGACAUUCAGCUUAGCCAGGGGAAGGGAGAGGAGGCUCUUAUUGGUCAGGAGAAGGUGGAGGAUCCAGAGGAGGAUUAUGACGCCGAUGAGCAGAUCGUGGGCGGGGUUGACCUUGACAAACAGAACCAGAUGGAGGAAAAGAUAGAUAAGGAGGCUGAGAGGGAAAUGCAGGAGGAGCUGGCGGACUACAACGGAGACGAUGAGAAUGAGGGAGAGUUUGAAGCUGACAAACAAGCAGCGCUCGCUCAGUUCUGAGUCCAACCAAGGAUGAACUGGACAUUGUCAAGACUACUGCAGCUCAACAGACUCUUCUGCUGUUUCAAUGAAAGCAUCUCACAGCUUGCCUUAAUAUUCUCAAGUCUUCUGCAGUGAAUGUAUAUAUAUUUUUUCUGGACAACAUGGAAACAGGCUUUGGCUUGCUGAACUCAAUAACCAUGAACGACGUAUGAACUGAGACCACAGUCUGAACACAACCCAGAUAAUGCUAUUAGAGAACUGAACUUGGAUGCAUCACCUAAUCUCCAUCUAUUCAAUGAUUCUAAUUCACUCUUUAGUCGUUGACUUAAAGGGCAGUUAGUGACAUUGAAGCAAUGUUAUCUUACCGUAGUCUCAAAACCCUGUAGAAAAGGCAUCAUUUCAUAUUGUUCUUUCUCUCUGAAAAAACUUGCAAUUGAGGUAUAUGGCUAUAUGACUAAGUGUGAAUUAGAAAAUUAAAUUAGGCUGUUUUAACAUUUUUGCAAGGAUUAUUGAAGAUUGGUGCUCUUGUGUCCCGCUCAUAACCGAGGAACUGUUUUGUAACUUAUUGAUUAGUUUCUUUAAGAAUUUAAUUAUGUUGAAAAAGUGGUCUGUGUACCAGACAGACCAGCAAAUGUUUCAAAUCCAAACAUUGAUUUGUCUUUGUUAUAGCAAGUUCCUUCAGAUGAAAAUUAUGGUUAGAGAAAAUAUUUUAAUUGUGGAUACUGUAGGUUUGAUUUUGUACAAUGUAUUUUUUUGCUCUUUCAUUUUUUGUUUAAAUGUUUUUGUUGCAGUCUGAAGAAAUGUUCUGAGUUCUUAAAUAAUCAGGUUUUUAUUAAGUGUAUGACAAUGACAAAAUAAAUCAUUUUAAUACCA